AUGAAUACAUUACCGUCAGUGGAUUUCAACCCACAGGACUCUUUACAAAUUUCCUCUACUCAAUCAGAUGUAAUCAAACAAAGUAAUCUCAGGAGUGAUAUUACGCCUAUUGAUGACAAGAUGAUGUCAUGCUCUGAGUCAAUAAGAUUGGAGUUUAAUCAACACACAUUUAAAUCAACCCCGAAUUAUAUAAUGCAUCAUGGUAUUGAUGCACACGUAGAGGAUAACCUUAAUGAUGAUGAUGACGGCGAGGAGAAGAAGGAAGAUAACAAUUUUUUGAGAUAUAUUGUAUUUCAUGAUGUUAGUUGAUUGGAGGUAGUCGACAGGAAGCUGUGGAUGUACGUUUCCUGCUUGUUGGCACUUCAUCAACAGAGCGUAUCUUGAGCCUCGAUAGGAUUGAUAUCCCGCCUGAGAUAUAAACACGCAUCACCCGAUGUGUUUUGUCUUUAUCGAGAUUACAAGUGAGGUAUUUAUGCCGUGAUUGACUUGCAAUGAUUAAUCACAAGUGAGCAACCGAUUUGCUGUUGUCCGUGUACAGACGGAAAUCUAUCGAUAAAAAAGAUUUGAAGCGAAUCAUAAAUUUCAGUAGGAUACUCUACAUAGUGUUGAUCGGUGGAUACCAUUAAGGUGGCUUUCGGUAAGCGACUGACUCGAUAAUUAUCGGAAUUGAACAACAUCACACUUAUCCAGGAGAAGCCUGACGUUAUCUCUAGUUUUCCGUAGAAACAGCAUUGAAGACCGUUAGCCGACUUUCAGAGUGGUGGUCCACAGACGCAUGGACUGCAAGACUACUACAUAACUGGAAAUGGUAUGACUGUUUAGGGAUUACACAUCAUCUAUGUGCUAAGGAUUCAAAGGAGGUUGUAUAAACUUGUUCUGAUUUCUGUGUAUUGGUGUUGAUUUCUUUCCUGUUUUGCUCAGAUCCAUUGUCAAGAAUUUUUAA